AUCUCCCAAUUAAAUUUGUAGGUGCAGUAACAGCAGCACGUUAUAUUCUUCAUCCAGUUUCAUUCGCCAGACAAGUCAUGGAUAUGGAUGAAUCGGACCAUUGCACUUUGUGUGCAGAUGGAGCAUUGGAAUUUGCAGUGAAAAAAAACUUUCCCAUUGAGUUUGUGGAGGGCAGAGACUAUCCCCCAUGGGACGGCCCCAAUCCCGUCUUAUUUUUGAAAGCCAGAAACAGAUUUAGCUGAUCAGAAUAAAGCUUGCAGAAAGUUGUGGUGCUUCCAUUAUGUCUUUUAUUCGCUGUUUGGCAUCAUACAUUAUAUUUACAACAGGUGGUUGAUGGUAGAACUUGGCUUGUAUAUGCUUGCUUUAGCAAUACAUCAGAUUCUCCUAAUCUCCACUGAUGGGUGUAAAACGAAUUACUAAACGUUUUAAAAACGCAACCAGGCUUGUUCUACUACAUAUUUACAAAUGAUUCUUACGUCAGUAUCUCUCAACUAAAUUUGUAGGUGCCGUAACAGCAGCACGUGGUAUUCUUCAUCCAGUUUCACUCGCCAGAAAAGUUAUGGAAGAAUCAGAUCAUUGUAUUUUGUGUGCAGAUGGAGCAUUGGAAUUUGCAGUGAAAUACAAUUUUCCCGUUGAAUUUGUGGAAGGCAGAGACAAUCCCCGAGAAGGUCCCAAUCCUUUAAAUGAUAGCCCAGGCGACACAGUAACUGCUAUUGCCAUAGAUUGCAAGGGCAAUUUGGCGUGCGCGGCAUCGUCAGGUAACAAUAGAGACCUUACGAUUUUAGGACGGCAACGCGACGGCGACGGCAAAACAAAUUCCUUCAAAUAAAUGGUAAUAAAGAUAGUUUGUUGUAUAUUAUCAAUCGUAUGAAUUUAAUACAGUUUUAGAAGUUGAAGACAUGGGUUUUACGGUUGGGAAGAGUUCUGGUAAACCCAGUUUGAAGUUGCACUUGUUGUGGCUUGGAAUGCAGUGGUUGUAUCAACACGUUAAAAUAUGUGAUUUAGCGUUGUAAACAGAGCGAGGACAAUGUUUAAUUUAUUCAUAUAUUGUAAUUACCCAAUUCUUUUCAAUGAUCUAUUGUAUUGGUAGCCGUUGCCGAAGCGUUGCCGUCCUAAAAUCGUAAGGUCUCUAAUAAAGCCCAGAAAACGCGAAUAAGAGUUGACGUGAGUUGGCAGUCACAAGUUUUUGAAAGAACAUUUCAAGCUAAAGCUUUAAAUUAAUAAAAUCAAGAUUAGGCGUGUAUUCCAACACUGUUUUAACUUGAAAGCAUUAGGUAGCUAACCAAGUUAACCAAGCUAACCAAGAUUGUCUGUCAACUCUCGUGCACCCACAUGUUCGCUUAAUCGGGGCUUACUAUAUAAUUAUCUCAUUAUGCUGGUUCCUGCCAUGUCUAUAGUAGAAAAACGCCUCGUAGAGAAAACAUAUGACUAAAAACACUAAAAGUGAAUGAAUUACGACAAUUUUAAUGCUAUAUUUGAAUUUUUAAAGGUGGUAUACCACGUAAAUCUAAAGGUCGUGUCGGUGAUGUACCGCUGGUAGGCUGCGGCGGUUACGCAAAUGAAUACGGAGCAGCAGCUGCAAGUGGGCACGGAGAGUCGAUAAUAAAAAUGACCGUGGCAAAAGAAGUCGUUAAUAACAUGCAAAGACUGAAUCAAUCUGCUCAGGUAAGGUUCAAAAAUUUCCUAAUUAAUUUAUUUUCAAAUCAGUCGGUUCAAUUUAGCCUGCAGCUUUUAGAUAACUUCACUUUUAGAUAACCCUAAGAAAAAAAUUAAAACAGCCCAUUUCAACAAGAAAAGCAUAUAUAUCGUGAGGCAGAAGCAUAGUCGCCCGGAAAAUGAUGAAUUGCACAAGUCCAGAAUGAUCAUUUCGUCCAUUUUCACAAUCAAAUUUGGUUUUUGUUUUCACCUCAAAUUUCUGUAUGAAUAAUUUCUUUAUUAAUUUAUAUCAAUAUUAUUCUCAUAUGAAACUCCAAAAGUCAUUUUUAGGAUUGCCAUUCUAAGUUUUACAACAACCCAUUUUACAUUUAAAACUGCCCAUUUUGGAAAAUAGGAGGCCUUAGGAUUAUCCCUCCACUUAGAAUAAUAAUUGUGCAACUAUCAGUCACGAAUCAGUGAUCGAAUGUUCAUUAACAUUUCAUUGUUUUAGAAACCCAACUUAACUAUUCUGCAUCAGAUAUUUCAUAGUCGCACAUUGUUUCGACUUAUAUAUUUUCAUUUAUGAAAAUAAAAGUCUAAUUCUUGACUAAAGUACGGCCAUAAACUUGAAAAUUUAGCGUAUUUCCUACCCCCUAGUUCCAUUCACAUGGAAAUGGUGUAAACACUACUUUCGACCACUGAAUUAUAAGCAUAUUGUAAAAAAAAAUUCGUUUAGAAAACAGCCGUGUUAAUUUCUUUUAAAUUAGUGCCUUGAUAUUAUUAGUCUUGUAUAAUCUGAAAUAGAAUAAUAACAACCCCUUUUUAGUGCAAUGUUUUCAUGGAAACGUUGCACUAUUGUGAUGAGUGAUUAAAUUCAAGCAAAAGAUAAUAGAG